CAGAAAAGGCUCUUGUGGAUGUGCGACAAUCAGGGAAUGGAGAACGGGUGGGUUGCGGGAGCAAUGGACAGGUUCGCACGGUUCGAUCUAGGGAACGUGCAUGAUCGAGCCCUCUCUCGCCCCCGUUGGCAGCUGUCCUCCUCCAGGACAGUCGUCCCCAGGGCUCCCCACACGACCUGCUCGCCCUCUGCGCGCCUUUCUCUUGAACGAGCACCAUCAUGUCUACCUCGCAGCCGUCGCAGUACAGGCCGGUCGGCAUCGCCUUGGCCGUCGGGUCUGGGGUAUUGAUAGGAAGUUCCUUUGUGUUCAAGAAGAAAGGUCUCCUGCAGUCUCAGGCCGGAGGCGAGGCGGGCGAAGGUGUCGCGUAUCUCAAGUCGUGGAUGUGGUGGAUAGGCAUGUCGAUGAUGAUCGCUGGCGAGCUCUGUAACUUCGGAGCCUAUGCCUUUGUCGAAGCUAUUUUGGUUACGCCUCUCGGAGCCCUCUCGGUCGUCAUCUGCGCCAUUAUGUCUCACAUUUUCCUCAAAGAACGUCUGAACUUAUUCGGGUGGAUCGGUUGCAUACAAUGCAUCAUCGGCUCCGUGAUCAUCGCUCUUAACGGCCCGGAGGAACAAUCGGUCUCCACCAUUCUUGAAUUCAAGAAACUCUUCCUUGCUCCUGGUUUUCUGUCGUAUGCCUCCGUGUGCAUUGUCAUUGCACUCUCCAUCAUAUUUUACUGGGCUCCAAGAUAUGGCAAGAAGAGUAUGCUUUGGUAUAUCACGGUUUGCUCGCUUAUCGGAGGGAUAAGUGUCAGUUGUACGCAGGGUUUGGGGGCGUGCAUCGUCACCAGUGUGAGAGGAGAAAACCAGUUCAAGAAUUGGUUCACCUACUUCGUGCUUGCUUUCGUGGCGAUCACUCUUGUGACCGAAAUCUACUACUUGAAUAUGGCUCUUGCUUUAUUUAACACCGCUAUGGUCACGCCAACAUACUAUGUGCUAUUCACCUUCUGCACUCUUGUCACCUCCAUCAUUCUAUAUCAAGGCCUCAAAGCAAGUGCCGCCCAAAUUAUUACCAUCGUCCUCGCCUUCCUCGUCAUCUGCUCCGGCAUAUUUCUACUGCAAAUGUCGCGGGUCGAACCAUCGAAACUACAACACAUUGACCGUAAAUCAACGCUCCUCCUUCAAGCCGCACAACAAGAAGUGAGGCCAGGAGAUGGAGACCCCGAGAUGGGGCAGAUUCUGGAUGAGGAGAAGAGGGAGAUCGAGGCCACGGAGGAUCCGGGGAUGGAUGCCAUCGGAGGAAGGUUCAGUGGGGUUAGCGGAUCGGUUGUCCGGGCUAGGAAGCGGACGAUCAUCAGGAAAAGUCACAGUCGUAGCCGGCGGGGCUCGGGGUUCUCUGCUCAAACACCUGCUGCAGGCAACAGCAUCGAUCUACCCCACGUCAAUCGUAUCCUUUCCACUGCUAGCUCUCCAAACCGUAAUGGCCGUCCCGCCUCAGCGAGCAGCUCAGUUUUCCUGCCUUCUGAGGUCUCGUUCGUCACUAGCACACAUCAUCACCAUCCUCCUCACCCACAUCUCACUGGCGAAGAGCCGAGCAUGCAUCAGCUCCUCUCUGCCGAUAGGCUCGUAACCUCCCCAAAGGCUUCGCCCAGCGUCGAUCUCAGCGCCGACCAGGAUCCGAUGGCGAAUUCGGACAUGACGAAGUCGACGAUUACGAGGUUCAACAUGCAUGAGUGGCCUACGUCGGUCCGGUCGAGUAGGAAGAAGAAGACUUCUGGGACGGGGACGGGGACUACAACGGCUUCGGCGUCUUCGUUACCUCCGCCCUUGCCACAAUAUAUGCCCGCUAAUGGACAUCCUCCGCCGGCGAUGCCGAAACCUGCGCUCGUGUCGAAUGUCAAUUCACAUAUCCCUGUGCUCAAUCUUCCGACACCUUCACUGCACGUGUCCUCGAGACAUCCGUACGGUGGAGACGAGGCUGGGACGGACAGUGGAGUUGAAAUCCAAGAAGGGUCGGUGCCGUCGAGACCCAACACUGCUUCAAGAUUGGGUUCGCGCCGCGGGAUAUUAAUGGAUCAACGACCUGCGACAGCACCGAAUCCUCCUAAUGCGCGACGAUCUCCUUCGCCUUCUCCUCCUCCAACUAUCGAUGUCGACAACCCAACGCUCGAGAAAUCUCCCCUCGGACCGUCAGACGACAAAAUAGAAUGAAUAUGAAUCGAUUCAUAACACCUCUUCUCUAUCGUAUUGCUCGUAACGAAUCAUCUCUCUCCUCACCGACAUAUUGACGACCUAUCCCAUCUUCCUCCUAUCCUCGAUAUCUUGAUGAUCUAAGACCUGCCUGCCCUUUCGCCUUUCGAUGUACAUAUAUACGAAUCUGAUGUCUACCCUUUCUUGUUGAUCGCGCGUUCGUCCUUGAUACUCAUCCAUCUCGCUUGGUGUCAUACCCCCACAUCGCGCAGUUUGAACCUGUCACUUUACCUGCUAC